ACUUUUCAUUAUCAAAAUCUGAAAAGAAGAAAAAGAAGAAAAAGAAGAAAAGAAAAGAAAAGAAAAGGCAUCAAACUUGGAUCCACUCUCCACACCACACGCCCUUCUUCUUCUUCCUCUACUUUGUCCAUUCUGACCUUACCAACCCGAGCGACUCACUGAGUCACACUUUUCAUUGCAUUUCCGGGGACUCGGAGUCCCUCGGAGAAUCCUUCCUCUGACGCUCCUCUCUAUCCUCUUCAACCGCUUCUUUUCUUCACUUGCCCUCUUCAAUUCUUCCUUCCUCUUCCCACUCCAUGGCCACCUCCGUCAUUCAGGGUUUUACCAAGUCCCUUGCCAUGACUGUGCUCUCCGAGAUCGGCGAUAAAACAUUCUUCGCCGCUGCGAUUAUGGCAAUGCGGCAUCCAAGGAGACUUGUCUUAUCUGGUUGUAUGACAGCUUUGAUUGUGAUGACCGCUCUUUCUGUUCUGGUUGGCUGGGCUGCACCAAAUUUGAUUUCACGUAAGUGGGCACAUCAUAUCACAACUCUUUUGUUCCUUGGUUUUGGGCUGUGGUCUUUAUGGGAUGCAUUUCAUGAUGAAGGGGAAUCGGAAGAACUGGCUGAAGUUGAAGCUAAAUUGGAUGCUGAUUUUAAGGCUAACAAAAAAGGUUCCAAAGAUGGAAAUAAGGAUGAUGAUGAUGUGAAGAAGCACAAUCGCUCAAUUCUCUUGCAGUUCUUGUCACCAAUAUAUUUGAAGGCAUUUUCCAUUACCUUUUUUGGUGAAUGGGGUGACAAGAGUCAGCUAGCAACGAUUGGUUUAGCUGCAGAUGAAAACCCACUAGGUGUUGUUCUUGGUGGAAUAUUGGGUCAGGCAUUGUGUACAACUGCUGCAGUUCUUGGCGGAAGGAGCUUGGCAUCACAAAUAUCUGAAAAAAUAGUUGCUCUCUCAGGUGGGGUUCUGUUCAUUGUUUUCGGAAUUCAGUCCUUCCUCUCAACUGUCGCGGUGUAAUUUUUUCAAGCUUGUUACGAUAGAAGGCGAUUGGCUGAAUUGUUGCAGCGCAACCUUGGUUGAAUAGACGCAUUUGAGAGCCAUAUUUAAAGAGUCUACAUGUUUGAUCAGACACUGGAUUAAUGGUAGUGGUAUUAGCUUUGAUAAACCUAGGUUUCAAUAGGUCUUAUUUCUAAAAUAGUGAAGAUGUAGAUUACCUUUCCGAAUGUGUCCUAGUAAAUUUGGUCAGAAUAUAUUUCCUUUGCAGACAUCAUAUUAGGAGAAAUUAUCACAUCUAAUUAUCACAGUUCAAAAUAAAAAGAUAGUAUAUUUUUCUUCGUUGAUA